CUAUUAAUGACUCUAGUGACUAUCAAGGCGGACAACAUGAGCCAGAUCGCUCUCACCAAGCGUGGUGGAGUGGACGGCCGCACCAAGCACAUAAACAACCGUCUUCACUGGCUCCGAGAACAAGUCAAUGACCACAAGGUCACCUUCCAAUAG